AUGGCCGGAGGAGACGACCUGUCGGUGGCGACGCUGUCGCUCGGGGACGAGGGCGUCCAGGUGGACGAGACGCUGGACGCGGUGCGCAAGAGCGUGAUCGCCGGCGACGUGGAGCAGUUCCUGGCCACCGCGGGCGACCUCGGGGACAAGUCGCCGCUCGUGUACCUCAUGGACUGGCUGCACACGUGGCAGCAGGAGUACGAGGCGUUCGUGCACGUGCUGGGCAUCCAGGAGGGCUUCGAGGAGGACGGGGAGGACCAGGAGCAGGGCCAGGCGGAGAAGGACCUGGAGGAGAUGGAGGCUGAGGCCGAGAAGCUCAUGACUGGCUUUGGCAAGGUGGCCAUGGCGCUAGUGCAGCGUCUGGGCGUCAAGGACCCGGACGCUGUCGUGGACCGCCACGGAUGGACGCUGCUGAUGCAGGCGGCCAACUCGGGACUCCUCGAGCUGACGGAGGAGCUGGUGGCUCGCAAGGCCGACGUCAACUACGGCGGCACCUCUAAGGACGCCUCCAACCCGCUGUACCUGGCUGUCGAGUCGGAGCACUCGGCUGUGGCGCUGCUGCUGCUGAAGAACGGCGCCAUUGAGUCCGCUACGAAGCUCGUCACCACGCCCUCGGUGGGCGCGGGUGCUGGUGAGGAGGACGAGGACGCGGAGGACGACGACUGCGCACUGUUCCAGGCCUGCCGCUUCGGCCACAUCAGCGUGAUCAAGGAGAUGCUCGCUCUGGGUGCGGACGUCAACUUCGCUCUGCCCUCGAACGGCGACCGCGCUCUGCACGUGGCUGUCAUGUUCGAGAUGCAGGAGGUCGUGGAGCUCCUGGCUGGAAGCGACAAGAUUGACUUGAACGCUCUGAACGAGAUCGGCCAGACGUGCCUCUUUGGCUGCUCCGGUCUUGAGCUGGUCAAGCUGCUCGUUGCGAAGGGUGUCGACCCCAAGAUCAAGGACGUCGAUGGCGAGACGGCUCUCUCCGUGGCGCAGGCGCUUGGUGACGACGAGGCGGCCGAGUACCUUGCGACGGUGACCCUAUAG